GGUUUUCUUUUUCACUAUCUCGUUGGAUCAAUUUCUUGUCAUGUUAUCAGCCGUUUUAAGUUUUCUUCUGUGGAAAUCCCUUCUCUAGACUUUAUGAGCUACGCUACUCUUCUGCGUAGGAUUCGUCUUCUCCAGUCUUUCUCCGUCGUCUUCCUCUACUGGUUCUAUGUUUUCUCAUGAGCUGAUUCUUUUCUGAUUGAUCUGUUCUUUCCCUUUUCUAUUUAAUAUUAAUUUUGUACUAUUAUCGAACCCUUGAAAAUUUGAUUCUUUGAGUAUACCCAUCUCUCACAUCGCCCCAAAUCCAUCAUCUUCUUACGCUCGGAGAAUAAAUUAGAAAAGGAAGGAAUCAGGAAUGUCAUCUGCGCAACCACUCUCGAGUUCUGGUUCUGAAGGAGAUCCGCAAUACGCGGGGAUCGAUGAUAGGAAAAGGAAAAGGAUGCUUUCGAACCGAGAAUCUGCGAGACGAUCGCGUCAGAAGAAGCAGCAGCACUUGGAUGAACUGAUAACCCAAGUAAGCCAACUCCAGAAACAAAACAGUGAGAUUGCGCAGAGCACCGAGGCUAUCCUGCAACACUACAACCAGAUCGAGUCCGAGAAUCAGGUUCUGAGGGCUCGUAUGACGGAAUUGAACGAUAGGUUGGGGUCUCUGAACUCUUUCCUUGGCUUCAUGGAAGAUACUGGUGAUCUCUUCAUGAUUAACUCGCCAGAGAUAACAGAUCCUUUGCUGAAACCAUGGCAACUCCCCUGCCCAUCACAGCCGAUAAUGGCUUCUGAUAUGGGCCCAACAUUUUUCUAGUUCUGUAAUCUAUCUCUGAGAUUACAGGCCGAGAUUAAUUAUGUUUUCUAUUGUCCAAUAGUCUCUGUAUGGUUGUAAUGGUCAUGAUCUGUAAUAUGAAUAGUGUUCUUGGGUUUAGGUGUUUGCUGUGUUUUCCAAUUGUUUGGGAUACAUGGUUUUGCGUCUAGAUUUUUGAUUCCAGAGCUUAUUAUGUAAUGUUGGUUUUCUCUUUGAAUCGAAAUGGGUUUGAUGGAUUGAUGGGUUUUAAAUGUUUAUUAUCAUUUGU